AGAAAUGACUCGAAGACAUGGUGUUUUGAAGAAUGAUACCCCACGUUAUCAUAAUUAUCAAGGGUUCAUUUGAUGGCAAUUCUCAGUCUCCAAACUCCGAAUCCCAUUCCCGCCAUCACCACAACCACCAAACACUUGUUCCCUUUCACUUCUAGAAGGACCCUCUUUCUCCAAACUCCUUUUCUUUCCAUUGCCAUUGCCCUCAUUCCACAAGCCCCACUUCUCCACUCUUCAGCUCAAGUUUCGCCCUCCAAGCCUCUCCUUUCUGCCAUCGAAAACACCAAAUCUUGGUUUCAGUUCUAUGGUGAUGGCUUCGCCAUUCGAGUCCCUCCUGAUUUUCAGGAUAUCAUGGAACCAGAGGAUUUUAAUGCUGGGCUGUCUCUUUACGGAGACAAGGUGAAGCCAAAGACAUUUGCUGCGCGAUUUGCAUCACCCGAUGGAUAUGAGGUUCUGAGUGUUGUUACUCGACCGACCAAUCAACUUAAAAUCACCUUCUUAGAGGCUCAGGAUAUAACUGAUUUAGGCUCCUUGAAGGACACAGCAAAAAUAUUUGUUCCAGGUGGUUCAACACUUUAUGCUGCGCGAUCCAUAAAAAUAAAGGAAGAUGAUGGCUUUAGGACUUACUAUUUCUAUGAAUUUGGUAGAGAUGAGCAGCACAUAGCAUUAGUUGCAGGUGUCAGUGGUGGAAAGGCAAUCAUUGCCGGAGCAACGGCGCCACAAUCCAAAUGGGACAGUGAUGGUGUAAAACUUCGAUCUGCUGCUGUAUCGCUUAAAAUUCUCUAGUCAUAAGCUCGAAUUUCUUAACUUGUUACUUUCACAGUUUCACUCAUUUUUCCUAUGCUAUAGUAGCGGUUCUCAAUAUUUUUUGUAAAACUCCAGUGUAUUGAAGAUCAGUUUGAUUCUUUUGGCAUUCACUUGUAUGAAUGGCUGAUAACGUUAAAAUACAAA